GGGCUGGUGGCAGCGAUCCGGGACGGGCUGGGCAGAGCUCCUGCACGGCUCCCGGUAUGGAGGGAGCCCAGUCCAACCCCGCCUGGCCCUGUGCCUCGGCUCCCCGGGAUGCCCAGGGGUCCCUCGUGCCCGGCAGGGCCGUUUGUGGGGCAGCGCACGGGGCUGUGCCCGUGGAGCCAGCGCCGGGGCAAAGGUUCCUUUCGCUCUCCUGGCGUUGGGCACGGACCCGGAGAGAGGGAGCCAGAAGUGCCCCCGUGCCCUGCACCCGGCCCCACAUGGAAGCCCCGGCGCAGGAUGGGGCUGAGGCACCCCUGGAGAGGUGCCCCGAGGCUGAGGGCCCGAGGGGACAGCCCGGCUCCCCCUCUCCUCCCCCGGCGGGGCGGUGGUCGGGGGCCGAGGUGGGCUCCUGGCUGGCGGCGCACGGCGGCUCCGGGGGGCUGGCGGAGCUGGCCCGGGAACACGCCCUGACGGGCCGAGCGCUGCUGCGCCUGACCGAGGGGUCCCUGCGGCGCAUGGGGGUCACCCCGCGGAGCCGGCGCCGGGAGCUGCUGCGGGAGCUGCUGCGGCUGCGGCUGCAGCAGGAGAUCCAGGAGCUGCGGAGCAUCGCUGGCGAGGGAAGAUGAUGUCCCUGCCGAUGUCCCGGAGCCUGUGGGAGCAGAGGAGAUGGCGUGCGAGGCCAAAGCAGCGGGGACUGAGCAACACACGCAGGAAUAGUGCUGGAGGAGCCCCGAGAUCACUGCGACCCCCUGAAAAACCCAGAGCCUGCCCGGUGCAGGAGUAAAUAAGGACAGCAGAACCCUAGAAGCAAUAUUUGAUCCACGAGUCUGGGCAGUUACCCCAGCCAGGCAGAAAGUAGUCCCAGAACUGAUCUUGUAGUGAAAUAGGGGAUCACAAACACAAAGGCACUCAUUGGAGUCCUGAAAAAACUUUUGAAAUGUUUGCAAAAUGACUCUAACGUCUAAAAUGACUCAGAUUGUACAAUCCAGAAUCAAACAAAGUACAGUUUGUUAAAGAAACAGCCCUAACAAGGCCAAUAAAGUAAUGCCAGGAGCCGUAAAACCUGGAAAUGUUCCGUGUGAACACUGGCAGAUUGGUUUUACUGAACUGCCCAGAGAAGGGGGGUAUAAAUCCCUCCUAGUUCUGGUGGAUACCUUUUCUGGGUGGCCAGAAGCCUUCCCUUGUCACACCAACCAGGUUAGGGAAGUGACUAAAGCACUGCUGAAUCAGAUAACACCUGGAUUGGCGGUACCUUUGGGAAUGUCAGCAGACAGAGGUUCCCACAUUACUGCAGAAGUGAUACAACAGCUUAGGAAAGCCUUGGGAAUAGCUUGGGAUCCUCACACUCCUUACAGGCCCCAAGCCAGUGGCAAAGUGGAGUGAAUGAAUUCUACAAGCAAAUUGCAGCUGGGUAAAAUAUGUCAGGAACCCUCCUUGACCUGGGUCCAAGCCUUCCCCAUUGCUUUGCUUCGAGUUAGAAUUCAGCGGUGGGCCACCAGCAAAAGCAGCCCCUGUGAGCUGCUCUGUGGUCGGCCCUACCAAGGGCCACAUUCCAGGAAACACACAUGUAAAAGGAGGGCUUGGUUUGAAUAAUUCCCUCAUUUCUCUCAGUAAAACCUUACAGGAUUUGCAGCGGGCAGUGGAGAUCUCCGGACCGACGGGAUUGGACACAUCAGGGCACGAGCUCCCACCAGGAGAUUGGGUCUGCUUGGAAGGCUGGGGAAGUGCCCCGCUCCAGCCCAAGGGGAAGGGACCUUUCCAAGUGCCAUGGACAACUUUUACUGUGUUGAAACUGGACACAGUAAAACUGUGGAUACAUUGCUCCAGAAUCAAAAGGGCCAAAGCCCCUUGGGAAGAAGUCAAGAGCUUGUCACAAGCUGUUUUACAAAAGCGAAUGGCACUAGGCCUUGUUUCAGCACCACAAGGAGGAAUAUGCACUGUCAUUAACCCCAGUGGCUGUGUACACAUUGGUUGAAGUGAUAGAGUAUCUACAGAUGUCCAGGAAAUCUGGAAACAAACCCGAAUUUUACAAGGCACAGCUCAAGACGCCACCUCCUGGGGAUUUGAAGAAAUCCGGACCAAAGUUCCUUCAGGGGUACCCAGCUGGACUCGGUAAAACAUCUGUUUAUAAUCGUCACCACAAUAAUUGCUGUACGGUUUUAGCUGGCAUCAAGACUCAGUGUUGCAGCUGUUGUAAUGCCUUACACUCUAAAACGAAAUAUAAAUAUUAAGAGACUGGUUCCCAUAAGGAACGUAGUCUCAAGCAAAGGGGGGACUUGAUAAGGACAGGAGAGCAGCAUAGCUGUGGGAAAAUAGAUAAAGGGUGUAACUCAGGCAAAGAGAAGUCAUGGAAAAUGCCAGCUCAGCUCUGCAAGGCUGACAAAGCAGAAGUUAUGUAAAACAACAAUAUUGCCCUUACUCAAAUGCGGGGCUCGAGGAACAGCCACGUAAACAGGACGCCAGACUUCGAAGACAGAUCCUGAAGAUCCAUUUAAGGACUUCUGAUAAGGGGCGUGACUAUGCCAAAUAAAGUCAAGUACGUGGGGGUAGCUAAUGAAUAUGCAAUCAGCGUGUAUGAGAAAACCUGUGCUCAUCCAACACUCGUCAGGAUUGGAGGAAGGAUCCCCCAAAUGACCAGUGCUGCAAUGAAGAGCAGCUGCUUUCUAAUACUCAAAACUGUGUUAGAAAGUUUCUAUCCAGCCGAUUUCAGUGUCAGUCUGGCGCGUUCCACAGCGCAGAAUUGCAGCCUCAGCUGGUUUUUGUGCUGCUUCUAGUUAAGUGUGAUAUUUGUGUCCCAUGUCUGGUCGAUGUACCUUGUGCUGAUAACAAACCACUGUCUCUCCAGGGCAUGCACUACACCAAAAGAAUCCAUCCAGAUGUUGACUUUCUUUCACCCAGCUCCAAUGCCCGUGUUAAAGCAACCAGUUCAUCCUUCGGCACAGAAACACCCAACACUGGAGCCUUGGAUUCAGUGACCUCGCUCAGGGUCAUCACCGAGUAUCCGACGUGUUUUCCAUUGCAAACAAAGCUACUUCCAUCCAUGUACAGCUCCCAGUCUGGGUUCUCUAUCGGGCUGUCCUUUAAAUCCGGUCGGCUGGAAUAAACUCCUGUGAUUGUUUGUAGGCAAUCAUGUCCUGGAGUACUUUCUACUUUGGUGAACAACAGAAACACAGCAGGAUUAACACCAGAGCCGCCCGGACACGUCGUUCAUCUGGUUCCUGAACCCGCUCAAGUCCAUCAAAUACCUCAUCUGCACCCGCUACAAGUGGCUCAUCAUCAAGAUUGUGCUGGCCCUGCUGCUCCUCAUCAUGGUGGCCCUGUUCCUCUACAGCAUGCCGGGAUACAUGGUCAAGAAGCUGCUGGGAGCGUGAAGGGUGGGAGCCUCUCCCGUGUCCCCAGCCCCCGGCACAACCUUUCCAGCUCCGUGUCCUUCUCCUCCCUGUGACCUCUGGGCAGCCCUGGGGGCAUCUCCUCCCUGCUGCUGCUGCUGCUGCUGCUGCUGGGCCUCCUCUUUGCAUUCCCUCUCUGUGGGUCCCACUCAGGCUUUAGUCCCAGGGAAGUGGGGCUGGAGCACGGCACAGAUCCCCAGACUCUGCAUCCCUCACCGGCGCUGGGAGAGGUGCCCAGCUGGCUCCUGUGGGAGUCUCCGCGGCCUCUGCCCACUGGGGUCGUGGCUGGUGCCUUCCUGGGAAUCAGGGGAAGGAGACGGGAGCUGGGGCUGCAUCCCUGGAGCUGCGGGAGGGCUCCAGAAAGGCUCCUUGGAGGGACGUUCAGAAUCCAGGAUGGAGCAGGGAGCUGGGCUGGAGCAGCUGGGGAUGUGCCGGCCCCACCAGCGUGAGGGCACAGAGCAUCCCCCGUGCCUGUCCCCGCUGCCAGCACCGUCCCCGCUCCACUCGGAGCUCUGGAGGUCACAUUCCCCGGCACAGGGAUCCGUCCCACCUCAGGAAUGCUGGACACGGUGCCCCAGCAGGCCCCGCAGAGAGCCCUGGGGUGGGCCGGGGGCAGAGCCUGCCCUUCCCUCCCACGGCUCCGGCAGAGACUGGGACGUGUCCCACAGCUCAGACGUCUUCCCAAGAUCACCCAGCCCGAGGUGGCGCUGGCUGGACAUCCCCGGGGCUCACGGCUCCUCUGGCACAGUCUGAGCUCCCGGUCUCCUGCCGGAUUCUCCGCGUAUUUUGUUUGGCUUGGUAAUUCUUGCGGCUGGAGUCCUUCUGGCCGUGUGUCCCGGGGAAGGGCUCUUUCCUCGGCUCUCGGCGGUGUCCAGCUGCUGCAGAGCCGCCUUUCUCAGCUCCCAGUGUGCAAGAUCCCCACUGAAGAACUGAGGCCAUCUCAGCGAUGUUUGAAUGAGGAUAUUACUGUCCCAGUCAGUCAAUAAAAACCAGCUUUCACGUC